GCUAAUUUAGCUAGGUAUCGAUCCUAAUGCUCACACCCACUGUCAAAACAAGCUAGCUGGCUAUCUCAUCUGUUUCUGAAUGAGCCUGGGUUAGCACCUAGCUAGCUUGCUAAUAAUUAGCUAGUUUUGUUUUUCUUCUAAGCACUCUAUAGGGUGAAAUAGUUCAGCCUGUCAUAUGCCGCCGUCGCGUUUAAACGUUGUGUGUGUGCGUGUUGUUGAAUUAUGCAGUCGUGUGCAAUGUAACAUGACAACAUUGUAAUACAAGCUAGCUUAGCUACCAGGUUAGCUAGUUGGGCUAAGCAGCUGGCUUUAGCUCUGACAUAGAACUGUUGUGUGACUGUUAAGUAUGUAAAAGUUGUGGUUUCAUGUGAUUACGCACUAAACAAAAUGCAACAUAAGCACUUGGACUGGUGUAUAGGACCAAGCAGCUUUGUCGGGAUCAUGGGCGAGAAUGGCCCACAAACUGAGACAGCCAUGUAUUUUGAAGAGGAUGAGGACGAUGUCGACAAACUGGGCAGAGAGGAAUAUGAUAAGUGCAAAAUGGCUGAUUCCGACAAAGAAGACAUGCUGAUUCCCAAGCCUUCGUCAUCUUUGGCAAGAGUGUAUGAUCGCACCACUGUACUUAUCGAACAGGACCCUAUUCAUCUGGAUGAGGAAGGGGAAGAGGACAGCCACUGUCACCCAGACGAUGAUGGUGUGGCGUUUUUAGCCGAUGGUGAUGGAGAUGAGGAGGGGACGCUGGCCUUCAUGACUGACCCAGACGGCAUGGCACAGGGCUAUGUGCACCACACCAUCUCACCCGAUCAGAUUCAGUUCAUCAUCAAUCCCGGGUCCACCCCCAUGCCCCGCAACAUUGAAGGAGCCACUCUUACGCUGCACUCUGAGUGUCCAGAGACCAAGCAGAGAGAGGUAAAGCGGUACCAGUGCACAUUUGAGGGCUGCACUCGCACCUACAGCACAGCGGGAAACCUGCGCACACAUCAGAAAACACACCGUGGUGAAUACACCUUUGUUUGUAACCAGCAGGGCUGUGGUAAAGCCUUCCUGACCUCCUACAGCCUAAAGAUCCAUGUUCGAGUGCAUACUAAAGAAAAACCUUUUGAGUGUGAUGUACAGGGUUGUGAAAAAGCCUUCAACACACUGUACAGGCUGAAAGCACAUCAGCGGCUUCACACAGGAAAAACAUUUAACUGUGAAUCAGAAGGAUGCACGAAGUACUUUACCACUCUCAGUGACCUGAGAAAGCACAUUCGUACUCACACAGGAGAGAAGCCGUUUCGGUGUGACCACGAUGGAUGUGGUAAAGCUUUCGCUGCUAGUCACCACCUGAAAACACAUGUGCGGACACACACUGGAGAGAAGCCUUUUUUCUGCCCUAGUGAUGGCUGUGAGAAGACGUUUAGUUCACAGUACAGUCUGAAGAGUCACAUUCGGGGCCAUGAUAAAGGCCCUGUAUACCCAAUUAGCCUCAGCCAUCCUCUGUCAGAGGAUGGAAAUCAUUCUCUGUGCCUCAGUGAUUUGAGCCUUAUUUCCACAGAGUCUGAGCUUCGAGAAAAUUUCAACAACUGUCAGAACUUGGAUCUGAAUAAUAUCACUCCUGUGAAGAUAUUCGAGUUGAUGUUGCAGAGCCCUGAAAACAAUGUUAGUCAAGAUGACCCACAUUCAUCAGACAACCUGGUGGAGGCUUUUGGUUUGGAGACUCCACCGAGGGUUGCAGUGACUGAUUCAUCCACUCUCCUUACCUUCUCUCAGAUGCCUUCAUCCUCCUCUUCUUCUAGCUCUAUUACCACUCCUGUUCCAGAGAUCUCCACACAGCCUGGCUCCUCCUCCUGUCAGGCAUCAUGCACACACGGCUCCACACACACACCUCCAAAGUCUACCACGUUCCCUUCUUUCCUCCAUACCUCACUACAAACACCAGAAGUGCCCACUCAAGCUGUGCCUGCUGCCACCCAACACUACACCCCAGUGGUGCCCACAGCACCUGCCAGCUCCCUACCAGUGUCUGUUCCGACAGCGGCCAGUGUCUCAAGUCCUACAUCAGUCAUCAGCACAGGAGCAGCUGCAGUAGUAACGCACACAGUGCCUUUAGCAGGCAAUGACAGUCUAGCGCCAACACCCACCAUCACCAUCGCACCCACACAGGGCCUCCUGCAGCCCAGCCUUGUCAUGUCUGACCAGAAUCUGCAGUGGAUCCUCAGCAGUGCUGCCAAUGCACAGCACAAUCCUGAACAGCAGGGGCCAAAAGUGGAAAAGGUCUUCUUCACAACAGCCAUACCUGUAGGAGGACAUUCAGGGAACCCUGUGCAGCAGAUUGGCCUUAGUCUCCCCGUCAUCAUCAUUAAGCAGGAGGAGGCAUGCCAGUGUCAGUGUGCCUGCAGAGAUUCAGCUAAAGAAAGGAGCUCCAGUAAGAACAAUGUCUCCUCACAGCAGGAGCCUAAAGACUCCACCACCAUUUCUCCACCACCUCCAACACCUUCAGAUACACAUGCUGUUCCAGAAUGCUGUUCCACAAAGGUGAACACUCCUCUUUCAUCUGGCUCCACUCAGACUUUCCACAGUGAGGCGCUGGUAUCUAGCACUCCCUCAGACAGCCUGGCCAGUGUGGAUGUAGUGGACCUGCUUAGCCCUGAAUCCACCGCCAAAAUCGAGGCACUGCUGAUGGUCACUGAUGAGUUCUCCAUGGGUGAGGGCAAUAGCAACACCACCAGCUAGAGGCAGUCGAGUUUGAAACCACCUCAGUUUUUUCUUUCUAUUUUAUUUUUAAAUGGGCACCAUUAUUUCAGUAUCUACAGUAUGCAGUUUCUGUCUGAUUCAUAAGGGCACCUUGUGUAAACCGGGGUCAUGUGUGUCAGACUUCUCAGUGUAAGACAGAUGAUUUAUGAUCAGCUUUGGUCUUUCCUGUUCUAUAAAACAUGAUCUUCCGGACAUGGGCUGCUUAAUAUGUGAAUCUUUAGGUAGUAUUUUACUCACAGUGCACUCUGAUUAUUUCAGACCUGUGCUACUUGUGCACUUUCAGAUUAUGGAAAUGUCCCCACUGAAAAUAGAGUUUUAUAAGUAGCCAUUUGUUUGAAGUUGCUUUAUCAUUUGCACUGUAUAAUAAUAGUCCUUCCAGAUAUGCUCAUGACAUGCUAUAACAGAGAAAGAGAGUAUGAGGACAAAUACAAAACCAUUUGGACAUGUGGCUGGGGUUAAAAAUGCAAAGAAUCAAAUAAUAAUUACUAUCUACUAACUCAGAUUUUACAAAACACAAGCAAUAUUAGAAAUUUUAAUUAUUCAGAUGGUAAAGUUUUGUUAGAAUGAAUCGUGUUACUUAGUCUAGUUUUGAGUAGAAUAGGACAUUUUUUAUAUGGUAGAGAUACAGGGCCAGGCACAAGAACACAAUGCACUGAGAAACUAUUCACCAAGACAAAUUUAACUUGAUGGCCAGUCACACUGAAGUGAACAAAAUCAAAUGCCCACAUGUGAUUCACCAGAAUGUACUGCAGGUAAUCGUAAUUGGCAUAUCAGGAACCGAGAGUAAAGCCCUUUCAGACUGCAGUCAUUCAAAUCCAGAACACAGCAUGUGAUAUGAAAAGUAUUUUAUAUGUAAUUUAUUUAGGAUGACUACACAGUAGCCCAUGAAAUGUGACUCUAAUGUAAUCUUGAAGCAGAUUCUGUCAGCAGAAAUGACUUGCUUUUAAGUGUAAAUGAUAGCUACUCAUGGCUGGCUGUACCGUUUAUUUAAUUUUUAGAUGUUAAUUUAUUAAAAUAAUUUAUCUCAUUAGAUCAACUCAGUAAAAUAGCCUACUCUAACUUGGUGGACCAAGUUAUUUUAUUCAUAUGUUUAUUUUUUUGGUGAAGUCAACCACCAAAGGUAGAGAAAGAGAUUUUUUUCUUCUUCUUCCCACCUUUGGUUGGCAGGUCAGACAGGAUAAUGCAGCUGGAGUUGCCCAACCUUUUUGCUGCUUUGUAGUUACUGAAUUGAUUUCAGCCUCUGACCUUCCUUUAUUUAGACCCAUGUAAGUCUCACUGUUGUGGCCUGCUCAGGGAUAUAUAUUAAAAAAAAAAGAAAUCAAAGCAGAGGUAUACAGUCUGUCCCUGAAAAUUCGUACAAAAGGCAGCAGAACUGUAAGUGUUCCAGCUUGUUGUGUACUACACGCUUGUUGCACAUUACCAAGCCAAGGUUUAGAUAAUCAAGAGAACGUCUAGUUAACUUCCCUGCACCAGUAAGCCGGUUUAUACACCACUGCUGUAGAGGUUUUAAUGAGUUUAUUAUUAUGUAAAUGUUGUGUAUUUGAAAUUUGAAAUGUUUAAGCCCUUAGAUUGUAUUUGUAUUUUUGUAUAGAAUUACGUGGGGUAAUCACACUUUGGGUUUGACGUGGAGGACAUGACACUGCACUGCAACCCACCUGUCACCAACUCACAAUGCAGUAGAUUUUGGAAUGUUUUUGUUUUUUUCUUCUUCUUUGGGGCAGGGGCACCUGGGUUAGUACAGGAAAUACACAAAUGUGCACUGUGGCAUGGAAUGGCUACUGCAUUUCUAUUAACCACAUACAAGAAACUGCCUUACAGUUUUGAUACGGAUUAGCUUUGGGGCUGCUACAUCUUUUUAAAAAAGAAAGAAAAAGAACUUGCUUGCCACAAAUAUUGACAAAAUAUUUCUCAUUACAUGGCAUUAAGAAUGAGAAAUUUGGCUAGAUGUCACUUAGAUUUGAGUUAGAAGGACAUUUUUUCAGCUACUUAUUAGAUACAUACGGAUAAUUAUGAAGAGCCUUCAGCUGUUGAUGCAAAUUCAGAUCUUCGCAUGUUGAUGUGAUGGUUUAUCCUGUAACAGUCUUUAGUGUUCACAUUGUAUUUGGAAAAAUGAAAACAUUAGAUUGUACAGAUUUAAAUGAUCAGUGUAAUGAAAAGGCUGCUUUUCACCACUUCUCAGUGGUACUAAUCAAAUGGGGUCCAAUAACAGCAAUUGUUGAAAUCAUAAAGGAUUUUGUGUUGUGCUCGUUAUAAAUACUUUUGUAACAUUAGUCAAGGCAGAAUGAGUACUAAUUUUGGCCAAACCAUUGUAGACGUAUCUAUGCAAAUAAAUUAAAUAAAAUGUUAGUGUAUUUUAUGAACCCAGAUCCCUCAUCAGAGCUUCAGAUACCUUUGUGAAUACUGAGUGAAAUAACGCCUUGCUUCAGUAUUUAGUCGUUAUGCAAAUUACCACUAGCGCAAAUCAACUGUCAAAUUGCAAUUACUAUGUAAAUAUUACAGGUCUUGCUACUGGGAGCUGAAAUAUCUGGUCUCUAAAAGAAGGCCUAUGGUAGUCAGCAGCUAUUAGUUUUAAUCUUUUAUUUAAUAUGAUUGACUUGUUUAUGGGCAUUGUAAUCUUUUAAUAGUUGUCCUUCCACUGAAAGUUUGAGGUGCCCCAACAUUCAUGCACGUUAUCCAAAGGGGAAAAUGUAUAUUUUUAUGUUGGAAUACAAUUCUGUUGUAAGAAUUGUAAUGUCCAGUUUUUUGUUUUUUUUUUCUCCUUUUUAAUUGUGGUUACAGUUUGAACUUGUCCCCCCCCCCCACCAAAUCACAGGUCUUGCUCACUAUAUUUUAUUUAUCCAAAAUGAUGAGUUAAUUGUGAGAUCAGUUUUCACACAUAUGAACAGGUCAGUUACAAUAAAAGGCCAAGUUCAUCUUUUGUCAUUUAAUUCAUACUGCUGUUUAUUUUAGAUACUAAUUUUCUCCCAAAUCAAGUUGUUCAGAUUGUGAACUUUAUAAAACAUUGUGCUCAAAAGGACAAAGCAGAACAUUGUAGCAUGCAGUGGAUUGUAAAAAAAAAAAAAGAGCGAAAUCAGAGCAAAAUUGCAAGUGUUGUGAGAUGGGGAGAAAAAAUGCUUCCAAAAGACUGCUUUUGAUACCCAAAGUGUGAGGACAAACUAUAAAGGAUCUGUAUUUUUAAUGAAUGUGUAAUGUGAAAAUGCUCUCAUGCUUGUUUUGUAUGAAGUAUUAUGGAAAAAGUACUAACUUUUUGAACUAAAUUAAGCAAUAUAUCAGUAAAAUCUUCA